GGCCACAGUAAAACUGGAAGACUUUCUGUUAUUGGAGCUUUUGCAAUGGUUUAAACAGGAUUUUUUCCAAUGGGUAGAUACUUUGCCCUGUAACAAUUGUGGAGGAGCAACACAGGCAUCAGGUUCACUUUCACCGUCCAGUGAAGAUAUAAGAUGGGGUGCUCAAAGAGUUGAAAAUCAUCUUUGCAAUAAAUGUUAUACCUGCAAUCGAUUUCCAAGGUAUAAUCAUGCUGAGAAGUUAUUGGAAACCAGGAGGGGACGUUGUGGAGAGUGGGCCAACUGUUUCACACUUUGCUGCAGAGCCAUGGGGUUUGAAGCAAGAUAUGUUUGGUGUACAACAGAUCAUGUAUGGACUGAGGUAUACUCAAACUCCCAGAAGAGGUGGCUGCAUUGUGAUCCCUGUGAAAAUGUUUGUGAUAAACCACUCCUGUAUGAAGUUGGAUGGGGAAAAAAGCUGUCUUAUGUUUUUGCAUUUUCGAAGGAUGAGGUUGUUGAUGUUACCUGGAGAUAUUCCUGCAAACAUAAAGAGGUUCUGACACGCAGAACCAAACUCAAUGAGCGAUUACUACGAGAAACUAUUAAUAAAUUAAAUUCUGAGAGAAAACACUUCCUUCCACAAGACAGGAAACAGGAGCUUUUGGAAAGGCAGAUUGUUGAACUUGUGGAAUUCAUUUCACCAAAGACCCCAAAACCAGGAGAACUUGGUGGAAGGACAUCAGGGUCUGUACUUUGGAGAGUAGCCAGAGGAGAAACUGGAGCCCUUGCUCAGAACACGGGAUUCACUUUCGUUGCUACUGAAAAAGAAAAAUCAGCAAAGUCUUUUCAUCUUAAAUACAAUGUAGUAGAAAAUUAUUAUAUUCGAAUUUCCAACAACAAUGAAAUCAUUAACGACUGGGAAAAAGCUGUAUGGAAAAUGGAUUCUGUGAUUCGGAAAGUGGAAGAAGACUGGAAAAUGGUGUGGGCUUGCAACAAAGUGUACUUAGCUCGCACAGAAGGGUCAUCAUGUGCCAAAGUCAGUUGGAAGUUUGAAUGUGGCUCAGUGGGUUUAAGGAUUGACAAUGUUUCCAUUCGAUCCAGGAGCCAGACAUUUCAAACUGGAAAUGUUAAAUGGCACCUAAGUUCAAACUUGGUCAGCGUAGACCUAAACGGAGAUGAAAGUACUCAUUCAUACCCUGAUUUUAAUGGAUCAACUGAAUUAAUUUUGGAGGCAGAGCUAACUGGUGGAGAAGGAGAUGUUGCAUGGCAGCACACCCAACUCUUCAGACAAAGUUUGACUGAUCAUCAGGACUAUCCCAUGGAGAUCAUUAUAACUUUUAAGGAAAUUUAGAUUAAGUAUGAAUUAUCACCAGUCUAAUUUCCAAAUUACUCAAACCGAGUAUUUUUUAUAUUAUUCAAUAGAGGCAUUUGCACUAAAAAGUAUUUUCAGUACUAUACUUGUGGAUGUAGGUGAGACUUUGACUCUCUAUUAGAACUUGUGAUGGGAUCACUUGUAGAAAAAUACUUGUACUAUGUGACGAAUAAAAAUUGAUUACUUGUA